AUGGAAAUAGAAAAGGCCAUUUAUAUCACCCCAACAGAACUUGAGAAUCUAAAUGAUGCUCCAUUUUCUGGUGAUGAAGAAAAUGGUGGAUCUGAGGAACGAAAAACUGAAAUCAAUGGAAAUUGGAUUCCUGCAACUUCGAUUACUGAAGCCAAAAUAAAUGCUAAAGCGAAGAGACGGUUGAGGAAAAACUCUUCUAGAGAUUCUGGGAGAGGAGACUCUGUUAGUGAGAAUGGAGAGACACUGAAGAUUGGAGUUGUACCAACGAGCCCAAAGGGGAAACUCCUGGACAGGCGAUCCCGGUCUGGAAAGGGCAGAGGUCUACCAAAGAAAGGUGGAGCAGGUGGUAAAGGAGUCUGGGGGACACCAGGUCAAGUGUACGAUGUGGAAGAAGUAGAUAUUAAGGAUCCUAAUUAUGAUGAUGACCAGGAGAACUGUGUCUAUGAAACAGUAGUUUUACCUCUGGAUGAAAGAGCAUUUGAAAAAACUUUAACACCGAUCAUACAGGAGUAUUUUGAACAUGGAGAUACUAACGAAGUUUCGGAGAUGCUGAAGAAUUUAAACCUCGGUGAAAUGAAAUACAGUGUGCCAGUGCUGGCUGUUUCCUUGGCCUUAGAGGGGAAGGCCAGUCACAGGGAAAUGACGUCUAAGCUUAUCUCUGACCUUUGUGGGACAGUAGUAAGCAAAACUGAUGUGGAAAAAUCAUUUGAUAGACUGCUUAAAGAACUACCUGAAUUGGUGUUGGAUUCUCCCAGGGCACCACAGUUGGUGGGCCAGUUUAUUGCUAGAGCUGUUGGAGAUGGGAUUCUAAGCAACACCUAUAUAGAUGGCUACAAAGGCACUGUGGAUUGUGUCCAAGCUCGAGCUGCGCUGGACCGAGCGACUGUGCUGCUGAGCAUGAGCAAGGGUGGGAAGCGCAUUGACAGCGUGUGGGGGUCAGGAGGGGGCCAACAGUCCGUGAAACACCUGGUUAAAGAGAUUGAUAUGUUGCUGAAAGAGUAUUUGCUUUCCGGAGAUGUACUGGAAGCUGAGCGUUGCCUUCAGGAACUGGAAGUACCCCAUUUUCACCAUGAACUUGUAUAUGAAGCCAUUGUGCUGGUUUUGGAGUCAACUGGAGAAAAGACCUUUCAAAUGAUACUGGAUUUGUUGAAGACUCUCUGGAAGUCGUCUGUCAUUACUGUGGACCAAAUGAAAAGAGGCUAUGAACGAGUUUACUGUGAAAUCCCAGACAUUAACCUGGAUGUGCCACACUCCUAUUCCGUGCUUGAGCGGUUUGUAGAGGAAUGCUUUCAGGCUGGAAUAAUCUCCAAACCACUGAGAGACCUCUGCCCUUCAAGGGGCAGAAAGCGUUUUGUGAGCGAAGGAGAUGGAGGUCGUCUUAAGCUGGAAAGCUACUGAAUGUGAGGACUCCUGAAGCCUUACAAGUUUAAAGGGAACAUAGCUAGCUAUCUAUAUAUACAAACACACAUGCUUCUUCCGUGUGUGUAUGUAUAUAUGUAUACACAUAUAUAAUAUACCAAAUCUGAGAGUUGCUUAGCACAGUUCGUAUUUUUUUAAAAGCACAUGUUUUGGGUACAAAUUGGGUUUUUUUGGUUUUGUUUUGUUGUUUUGGGUUUUUUUGUUUGUUGUUUUUUUUUUUUUAAUAGUUUUGUAAAUUUCAGAAAGAAGUGUUCUUUCUUUGGGCAUAAUAGUAGAACAACUGGCCACUGCUGUGGUGGUGCCUUCAAAUAAGCUAUCUCUGUACGUGCCAUGUUUAUGACCUAAUCAUUCCCCACGUGCAUCCAUGUCCGACUGCUGCGCGCUCUUUCCAGGACAGUGCUGUCAUCAUAAAAAUCACUGUUUAUACUAAGCUUUAUAGAAGGGUCAAGUUAAGCUGCUGUGAUCCCAUUUCCAUUGCUGCUGAAGAAAUACUGUGCUUUGGGAGGAAAAAAAAUAGAAGUUUCUUUGUUUUAAAGAGCCCGAGAAAAUAAAGAGUUGGAUCAUAAAGAUAAAUUCAUCUUUUUCAGGGGAGAACACUGGUUGGUUUCAUCCCCCGUGUACCAAACUUGUCUUUUUUUUCUAUGUAACUGGAAAAGUGAAAAGUUCUGGUAAAACAUAUUAAAAA